AUGACCAGUGUGUUCCUGACGGCACAGAAGAGCCUAGCGCUCGAAGGGAGACAUACUGUGGUUUUCAUGGGAGCCGCAGAAAAUGUCAAUGGAGACCAGCCGAUGACGGGAGAAUGUGCUAGACAUCCUUGGCGCAGGCCUAAAGCCUUACAUACGGUCUUGAAACUCGCAGCGGGGUGUGCUUGCCUUCGAGGCGGCUCAGCGAAGCUCUGUAGAAAUAGAUUUGUGGCUGCUUUCGAUCCAUCACAGCGGCCGUCGUGGAGAAAGAAAUCCGAACUACACAAAAACGUUCCCGGAUUUGAACAGAACUCGGAAUGGUGA